AUGAAUGGGGAUAUUCAGUCGCCUCAGAAAGUUCGCGCUCACCAGGACAUCGCAGAAGGUGUUACCGUCGAAAGUCAUCGAUCAAAGCUACGGGAAGCCACCGAGUUUGAGUCAAUCACAGUGGCCGAGCCCAUGGAAAAAUACGCACCUCCACGACCUCCGCUGAGGUUGAUUUUUGAGGAUCAUGGGAGAACCACCGCUCAAGAGGUAGAAGAAGUCUCCUCGACUAGCACAAAAUCAACACGCGAUUCAUUUAAGAAGAGGACCAGUUUUGCUGAACGUCUACAAGUUGUGAACCUGUCACACGAGGAGUUGGCUCGCUUGGCCAAACCCGAGGUAAUGGAUUAUAUGGACCAAGAUGUGGAAAGAAGUUUAAGCGAACA